AUGUCGAAUCGAUCGGUGGUCGUGAACACGGACGAUGUCGAGACGUUCGAGCGCGACGACGCGCGCGAAACACCGCGGGAUCCUCGCGCGUUCGGGUGCAGUCGCUUGGCAUUCAGGAACCUCGCGUUUUCUCUUCGGUCCUCAUCGGGAGAUGGAUCGACGACGCGGACGAUACUCGAGCCCACGUCGGGGACGUUUGAGUGCGGAGAGAUGGCGGCGAUAAUGGGACCGAGCGGGUGCGGGAAGACGACGCUCUUAGACAUGCUGUCGGGCAAGAAGACGGCAACGUACACGGGCGACGUGUACCUGAACGGGUUACCGCGAGACCAACUCUUCUCACGCGUGACGAGUUACGUGCCGCAAGAAGAUGUUAUUCCCGCGCACGUCACCGUGUUCGAGGCGGUGGCCUUCGUUCAAGAGCUUCGAUCUGAGUCCAAGAUGAACCAGUCGGAGCGUCGCGCCGCGGUGGAUGACGUACUAUCGUUGCUCGGCAUUGCAGAGUUGCGGGACGAACUCGUCGGCGACGCCCGAGUUCGUGGAAUUUCCGGCGGUCAGAAGCGACGCGUGACGCUCGCCCGGGGUUUGGCGGGUGGGUCGCAAAUUGUCUUCGCAGACGAGCCGACCACGGGCUUAUCGUCCACGGAUGCGGAAAACGUCUCGCGCGCGAUGGCAAUUGCUUCGAGGCGGAUGGGCGUGACAUUCGUGGCCGUCAUACAUCAACCGCGCGUGGAGGUGGUUGAUAUGUUCGACUCACUUAUUCUGCUCACAUCCAAUCCCGGACGAGCUAUUUAUAACGGGAAGUUCGCUGGAGCGGCGGCAUAUUUCGCCGCGGCGGGCGCGCCCGUACCGUCGAAGGGUAAUCCGGCUGACUUCUUCCUCGAUGUCAUAACGCCGGGAGCGAAAGGUGAGAAAUCGAAUGCAUUGGCGACCUGGUACCAGGAUGUCCAGCGCAAAGAGGUUGAACGGCGUGUGGAUGCCUCGUUGGCUGGAUCAAAACGGGCCACCAUUGACGUGUUACGAGAGACGGCAAAGAUUAACGGGUUGGAUCCCGCGAGCAUUCACCCAUCGCCCAUCGCCGCGACUUUUCUCACGCAGCUGCGUGUUCUACUGAAUCGUAAUCUCACGCUAACGAAACGUAACAAGGCUGGUCUCCGUUUGCGAAUUGGUGUGUCCGUGAUGCAAGGAUUGAUAGUCGGAUUGGCCUUUUACGACAUUGGUUCAAAACCACCCAUCUCAAGUUUAUCGUUCUUCUUCAUGAUGCUCCAAAUGGGGGCAAUCGCAAACAUGGCUAUAAUGCCAGAACUGAUUCAGACGAGAUUAAUCUUAAAGCUGGAGCAGGCGGAUGCUUUGUAUUCCACAGGCGCGUCUAUCAUCGUGCAGAGUAGCGUCAACAACGUUCUCGCAAUUCUAGGCAAUUUCGUCACUUCGAUCAUCAUGUUCUCAUUCUCACGCGUGAGUUGGUCAAAGUUCUCUACCGUAUACGGCUGGGCGCUUCUGAACUUUCUCACGGUGACAAAUUACUUGCGUGUCAUCGCCGCAGUCGCGCCAUCGCCGUCCGAAAGCGUGCAGGCUGCAAUGCCGGGUUUGCUCUUCUUUAUCCUCUUCAAUAAUUUUUUUGUGAGUCGGGCCACGGCACCCGUGUUCAUAAAGUGGGCUCUGUACAUCUCACCGCUCGCAUGGACGAUUGAACAAAUAGUCACCGGCGUGUACGGCUCAAACGUGGAGGUGCAGUCGUUUUACGGAUAUGACGCGAGCGACGGUAGGACGUGGACGGCGCUGUGCGUCCUGCUCGCUGAGAUGGCUUUGUUCCAGACGCUUGAAGUUUUUCUGUUAAAGCGCUCCACGUUCGUAAAGCGCUAG